AUGGACGUUGAAAAGAUCCAGAGCUCGUCGCGGGACGAGAAGAUCUCUCCGCCCUCGCCGUACUCAAGCGGACAAGCGGGUCAUUCGCCCACUGAAACGGCUACAACAGACGAUCCUACUCAGCAGCAAUACUACCGACAAUUUGAGGAGAACGGAGCUGAGUGGCGCGCCGACUUUGAAAAGAAGCUCAAGCGUAAGGUUGAUCUUCGCCUCAUUCCCUUACUGGUCAUUAUGUACAUCAACAACUUUAUGGACCGAUCAGCUUUGGGCCAAGCACGCCUAGGAACCCUAGAGGAGGACCUGGGGAUGGAUCCUAAUGGAACGCAAUUCAAUACAGCCAUCUCGAUUCUUUUCGUGGGCUAUAUUCUUAUGCAGCUUCCAUCUAACCUACUACUCUCGCGUCUACGCCCGUCAAUUUAUCUCGGUGGGGUUAUGAUUAUCUGGGGAGCAGUCUGUACAGCCACCGCAGCGGUUCAAAACUUCGCAGGCUUACUUGUUGUUCGAAUAUUUCUUGGCGUCACAGAGGCUCCUUUUUUUCCGGGAGCUAUUUUCCUGAUGAGUAGCUGGUAUACGAGACGAGAGCUGACUAAGAGGAUUGCGUGGUUCUACAGCGGGGUCGCUGUCGCCAAUGGCUUCAGUGGCUUGGUCAGCGCUGGUAUUCUGGCUAAUAUGGAAGGUGCAGCGGGAAUUGCAGGUUGGAGAUGGGUGUUCAUCGUCAACGGAGCUAUCUCAAUGUUCUUCGCAGUCUGUUGCACCCUCGUCCUACCAGACUUCCCACACACCACAAAGUGGUUGACACCUGAGCAACGAGCGUAUGCUGCUUGGAGGUUAAAGAUGGAUGCAGAGGAGGAGGAUGAUCGCCAUGCCACGGGUGUCUUACAGGGCCUAGUGAUGGCCCUUAAGGACUGGCGUCUCUAUGUCUUUAUGUUGAUGCUGCAUGCGAACGUUCUCGCAGGUACUUUUCAGUACAUCUUCCCAUCAAUCGUACAGACUCUCGGUUUCGGUCGUAUCGAAACCCUAUUGUUGACCGUUCCGGUGUGGUUCUUAGCGUGGUUUGUUGCUUGCGCCGUGACUUGGAAUGCGGAUCGUACAGGCGAUCGGGCGUUUCAUAUCAUUGUGGCCUCGAUAGUGUCCGGGGUGGGAAAUGUAUGCGUUGCAGCUUCCUCGAAUGUUGGUGUGCGCUUCUUGGGAAUGUUCUUAAUGCCAAUAGGCGCAGUGUCGGCUUUUCCAGUCAUGACAGCCUGGAUCGCUAACUCGUUUAUCCGGCCACUGGUUAAGCGUGCUUCUGCAAUUGCUAUUUGCAACUCAUUUGCCAAUGCAGCAUCUACGUACGGCACGUUCAUGUACCCUGCUUCGCAGGGUCCGCAAUAUCUGCCCGGUAGUGCAGGCAACGCUGUCGUCUGCCUCGCUGCUGCCCUGCUCGCUUUAGCUCUUCGCUUUAUCCACAAACGUGAGAAUAAGAAGCUAGAGAAAAUGGAAGCAGAAGGGAUACUGGACCCGGCAGCAGGUACUAGUAGUGAUCGACGGGGAUUGGGCUUUCGCUAUGUCUACUAG